AUGACCGGCUGGCGAUUUAUCUUAAUUACAAUAGUCUUAAUGAAGACGAAAGAUUCUCGUGCGAUCAACGGCAAGGUUUCCCCAGAUAAUUUAAGUCCACGUUACAACGAGUCCAUGGAGAUGGAGAAACGCCUCCCGGAAGACGUGGUUCCCAGGAAAUACGUGAUAGCGAUUUCACCGGAUUUCAGGAAAGAUGACUUCCACGGCAGCGUUCGUAUCGACCUCGAAUUACUGAAAGAUCGAAGCUACAUCGCUCUUCACUCGAAGGACCUAACCGUGACUUCGACCAAAUUGUUUGCGAAAAAAUCACAGACGGAGGUUCGAAUACUGUCCACCUUUUACGUAAGCAAACGCGAGAUGUUGGUUAUCAAAACAUAUAGAAACAUCUCUGUGGGACAGUAUUUUCUCAAAAUGAACUUCAGUGGAAGCUUAAAGGGGAAAAUGAGUGGAUUCUACCUGAGCACGUAUACUGACAAUAAUCGAUCUGUCAGGAAAUUGGCAGUGUCACAGUUCGAGCCAUUCUACGCCAGAACAGCGUUCCCCUGUUUCGAUGAACCGAGCUUUAAGUCCAUUUUCGAGAUUCAUCUUCUCUAUCCGAGAAAUUUCCUCUAUCAUGCUCAGUCAAAUAUGCCGAUAGCGAAGGUGGAAAACGUGAAAGAAGAUUGGGAGAAGGCGAUCGCGUACUUUGAUCCAUCACCUCCGAUGUCCACCUAUCUGGUUGCCUUCCUCGUCAGCGACUUCGAAUGCCUAGGAUCCAGCGUGGAUCUUCUGAACGGCAGUAAAGUGCCAAUUGCUGUCUGCGCGCGAGGCGCGUUCAAGCCCAAAGUGACGUUCGCCUUGAACAUCACGGUUAGGAUAAUGAGGCACUACCUGGAAAAGUUUCAGAUCGAUUAUCCACUACCGAAACUGGAUCUGGUCGCCAUACCUGAUUUCUCGGCUGGUGCCAUGGAGAACUGGGGCCUGGUCGCAUUCCGCGAGACAGAGCUGCUUCACAGCGAGAACAGUUCCUGUGUGAACAUGAAAAGUGUCAGCUUGACAGUCGCCCAUGAACUGGCGCACAUGUGGUUCGGCAAUCUGGUCACCAUGAAAUGGUGGGACGACCUCUGGCUGAACGAAGGCUUCGCCACCUACAUGGAGCACGUGGCAGUCGACUCGUUGUUCCCGGACUGGCAUCUGAUGGAUUCCUUUCCGUUGUACACUAAGUACGUUUCCAUGAAAGCCGAUAUCAAGCUGCGUGCUCGCGCUAUCGUGAGACGGAUCGAGGAUCCGAACGAGAUAGAGGAAACGUUCGAUCGAAUUUCCUAUCAGAAGGCAGCAGCGGUGAUUAGGAUGCUCGAGGACGCGGUUGGCAAUUCCAAGUUUAUUUCUGCUGUGAGAAAAUAUCUGCGGAAGUACCAGUUCCGUAACGCGGAGUCUCGCGACCUGUUCGAUAUCUUUGGCAACUCUACAAUGGCCGCCGUCGAUGUGGCCGAUUUCGUCGAUCGAUGGCUGAGGUUCCCCGGAUUUCCGGUGAUCAACGUUCGCCGAGACAAUGCGGGCUUUCAGCUAUCGCGACGACGCUUCGCGACGAGCAGGCGAUUCCGCGAAACGAUCGACGACGGAAGCUGGACUAUUCCCAUUAGGUACGAAACGAGCAGGAAAGAUGGCAUCAAGUUGGAUUGGUUCCUCGCGAACUUCUCCUGCGUGGAAUUGUCGCUGGAAAAGUCGGUGGACUGGAUGAAACUGAACCACGACUCGAUCGGCUAUUACAUCGUUAAUUACACGGAAGACGCCUGGGACACCUUUGGCAGAUUACUCUUCCACGAUCAUUUGGCUCUGAGCGCCAUGAAUAGGGCAGACUUGUUGCACGACGCUUUUCUCCUAGCGGAAACUCACUUGGACUACUCUAUAGUGAUGAACCUAACUUCGUAUCUGAUGAACGAAGACGCUUAUCAGCCAUGGGUCGUUGCCAUGGAAUGGUUCGGUCAGAUGAACAGACUGCUCGAGGGAACCAUCGUCCUCCCGCGUUUCCAAUCGUACGCGAGGAAUCUGGUGAACAGCGUCUAUCGUCAGGUCGGAUGGCGGAUUUAUGAGAAAGAUUCGUUCAGAGACAGAGAAUUUCGCGUAUUGAUAUUGACAGCAGCUUGCAGCGUGGGCCAUCCACAUUGCCUAGAGUCAGCCGGAAGGAGGCUGAGGAAGUUGCUGCUGGAUGACAGCGAAGAGACGUCGUCAGCUGAUAUUCGGUCUAUCGUAUACUCGUUCGGCCUCGUUACGCUCUCGGACGACGUCGGAUCGAUGUUCGAGAAAAUGUCGCGACUUCUCGAGAUGCAGGACGACGCUGAGGAAAGGGAACGUCUGAUGCUUGGGAUGACUGGAGUUCCGGACAAAGAUAUUCUUAAUCGGUAUCUCGAGCGUGCAACAGACGAGACGUUCAUUCGCAAGCAAGACUUCGCGGAGCUGUUGAUCAAGAUCGCCAUGAAUCCCGUGGGAUUAGACGUCGCCUGGAAUUUCGUGCGAUCUAGGUGGAGGGCUCUACUCGUGAUGUACGAGUCGAACCAGUACGUAUUGGGGAAAAUCGUCUGCUCGAUCGUGUGCUUGUUCAAAGAUCGUCAGAAACUUCAAGAGGCCAGGCAAUUUUUCCUGAAAGAACCGGAGCUGAGGUUAACCGAGAACGCGAAGAGUAAUGCCAUAGAGGAAAUCGAAAACAGCAUGGACUGGUUGGAUGCGAACACGCGGAGCAUCGACGAGUGGCUGAUGUCUAAUGGCUACGAUUAG